AUGCGUGGAGAUCCUACAGACUGGAGCUCUGAAGCGAUCGUGAACGACACGGACGGUUGGCUGCUGCAUCAACGUGGUUUGGCGGCGACGAUCGUCCGCAAGGGAGGGCCGGAGAUCCGACGUCAGAGCGAUGAGUGGAUCCACUACCAAGGAGAAGUCAAGGUCGGGUCUGCGGUGUGGACGACGGCAGGCAAUCUAUCGAGCAGAUUCAUCAUCCACACAGUCGGCCCCGACGUGAGCUACCGCUGGCUCACGCAGCAACAACAGCUGGAGCUUCGCCAAACCGUUCGUAGUGCACUCGCGGUGGCUGAUGAUCUGGAAGUGACGUCGGUCGCUAUACCCGCGAUAUCGACGGGCCCUGGUCGCUGCUAUCCGAGGCGCCUCGCUGCCCGAGAGAUCGUGGCUGAGUGUCUUCAGUACUGCGAUGACUGCCCGGCGACGACGCUGCGUCUGAUUGUGUUGAUGAACGAGGAUGAACUGACGACCUCGAUCUUCGCGAAAGCACUCAAGGAGGAGAGACAGCGGCGUCAG